AUGAUUCAAAACCACUAUGUCAACUUCCGAACCAACCAUCGUACUGCUCAUCCCUUGCACAGAAAACUGCAGCUAACUGCCUAUUCUAGAAUAAAGAAAGGAAACGAACAGUUUGUUGUCGAUGCUGUUUAUGUCAUGAGUAACUGGUCUGCUCCUAACACAAGAUUUCAUGAGCCGAUCCGGGGCCUUGGAUUCCGUCGGCUGCUUCAAAAAGCUGGUAAAAGGGUGCACUUGAUCGAUAAAUUUAGAACAAGUCAGUGCUGCCCAGCCUAUGAACGCAAAAGUCUUGAAACGUUUUGA